UGCUCCUUGAACUCUACCUCCUGUACCUCCUUGACCUCCUCUCUUGGGACGUCCCAGUUUGGAGAGGUGGUGCCCAACUUCCCCUCUUCCGGCGAUGUCGUCCUCAAAGUCGAAUGAUUUUUUCCUCCUUCACCGUGUUAUACGCUAUGUUUCUUCACGGGCAGCUUUAUCUUUCUUUACUGAAGUCAGGGUAAUUGGAGGCGAAAAUGUCCCAGCAACGGGUCCUCUGGUCGUUGCUGCAACACACCAUAACAUGAUUUUGGAUCCCGCCAUUCUAUCAUUAGGUUUUCCUCACCAACGGAUUUUGAAUUACUGGAGCAAAGCUUCACUGUUCACCAACCCCAUCGCCAAAUGGUUCCUGGUUUCAACUGGCAAUAUACCAGUUGACAGGAAAUCAAAAGAUAGGCAGAUUCUCUUUAAAGGCACGUUUGGAGCUCUCGCCAAAGGAGGAGCUGUCGCGCUUUUUCCCGAAGGAACGAGUUACACGGAACCACAUAUCAUGCAAGUAAAGGAUGGUGCUGCCUGGGCUGCAUUGGAGUAUACGAAAUAUGUCGAGGAGCAGAGGAAAGCUGGUAAUUCUGAGCUUGAAGAUGUGAUGGUCAUUCCCGUUGCGAUCGUCUACACGAACAAAUCCAAAUAUCGAAGUAGUGUCAUCAUGGAGUUUGGACGUCCGAUCUCGAUGGAUCCAUUCAGGGAACAGUUCCUCUCCUCAACGGAUGGCGCACCUCGUCUUGCUGUCAAACGGUUAACGAACAAACUUGAGAGUGGACUUGUGGAGGCUACUAUCAAUGCUCCUAAUUGGGAUACGCUUUAUGCUGCCAGAAUGGUCAGAGACAUCUUGUGGGAAGGAGACAAGUCCAUCGAUUUGGAAGAAUUUGUCUAUAUCUCACAAACACUUGUCGAUUUAUUCGCUACCCCGGAUGUGACUCCCAAUAUUGUGUCCGUGAAACGCAAUUUACUGGAGUACUAUUCUCUGCUUCAGUCAACCAAUCUUACCAACUCUGUAUUUUCUGCCCUCCCGCUCCCGCGUUCUCUGGACCCGAACAUUCCCACUCCGUUACCCAGCAGAUUGUAUACUCUACUCAUCUUCAUCAGGGAUACACUCUCGGCAUUGGUCCGUUUACCGUUCUUCCUCUUUCCACUGAUUGUACAUCUUCCCGUGUACAUCAUGGGUCGACUUGGUGCCCGACUGGUCCAGGACGAGGAGGAAACUCAGGCCCAGAAUAAAGUGGUGUUUGGCCUCUUGUCCAUGCUCAUGAUCUACCCGGCAACUUUCUUUUUCUUGUGGGCACUAUUCUGGUAUACCCCCAUCGGAGCGUUUUUGGCAGCGGCGACACUUUACCUGUUUGCCAUCUAUCACGACCGCAUGAUAAAUGAUAACUAUGAACAUGCGAAACGAUUCAUCACUGCUUGGAGGAUCCUAAUCGGCGUCUGGGCACCGAAACGUUGGGACCUUUCUCUUAAUGCGUUAUCGCAAUAUACCACUCCCUUCAUACCCAAGGAAAACCCCUGGAUUGAUAAACCCAAGACCUCCAACAGCACCCAGUCCCGCAGUGAUUCUCACGAUUCCACAGCAUCAAAUUCGAUUCGUAAAAUUCCGAGUGUAUUACCCCCUGCUCCUGAGAUAGUAUUGCACAAGGAGCCACCGGUAUCGACGAAACCUAGACGUCGUCCGCCAACGCGUAGGAUCAUGCGGCACGUUCUUCGUGCAAGACUAGAGGCCAUUAAAGCUCUUGCGUCAUUCUUUGAACAACUGGGGCGUGCAGGUGACCGUACCAAGCUGAAAGUUAAAGCGAGCAGGCACCUUGCUCAGUUAUACGGAGGUAUCGACGACAAUGUAUUUGGUGGCGAUAAAUUAGAGGAGGUGCAGGGGUGGCGGUAUGCUAGUGAAGUGAUAUCAUUCUUACAAAAACGGGGGGCGAAAAUACCUUCGAUAAAGCGCAAUGUUGCAGCGCAUGAAGAGGAAUGGGCAGCGCUUACCAGCGAUGGAGAGGACUCGCCUGCCUCAACUCCUCAUAGCUCUUGAAUCCCUGCCGAAGUGCGCGGACAUUGGGGUUGGUAGAUGGCGCAUUUCUUGGUUAGCAUGUUUUGAUGGAAUUUGGUAUCACGGUCUCUUCCUGACUUCCGCCUAUAUACCUAUGGCAUAGUUUGUACUCUAUAGGCUUCGAUCUUUAGUUCAUUGACCUUACAACUUACUAGCUACGUGGUCUGUGGACGCGACUUGACGAUAUCUUGGCCCGAUCUUAAUCGAGAAUUGCAUUUGCUGGCUAGACACGAAGAGAAUGAACAAGGUAUUUACCAAUUAUGUCUACAGUUGACACUCUUAUUCUUUCAAGUCUUGACCGAAAUCUUGGGAGACGACUCGUUCCUGUCUCCUGAAAUCGGGGCUGUGAAUGGGUGUUCCUGUGAACAGUACGAGCUGGUAGCGAUCGCAGCAAUGGCGGCCUACUUCAAGGGGGCAAUAUGAAGUUUAAAUACGGUACUUACAGUGGAAUUGUUUGGGCCUGUUGGGCAAUGUACAUCAAGGCUGUCACGGUAUAGAAGGUCACACACCAGUUGGACAUGACC